GCACCCAUGCCGUUAACUCAUAUAAUUGGAACCAGAAUCUGUUGCGUUCCCAUUCUCUUUCGUAACCAUCACUUUUCUCUCAUGGCUUCUGCUGCUGUUGGCGAUGUCAAACACGGCUUCUCCCGUCCUGAGAUGUAUAAGGAAAAUCUCGCCGGCACUGUUGACGCCUACGACCGCCACGUUUUCCUCUGCUAUAAGAACCACGUCACUUGGCCACCGCGCGUUGAGGCCUCCGACAACGAUCCCCUUCCCAAGCGCGUCGCCACUGUCUGGAGAGCUCGCAAGAACGACAUCGCCGUUAAGACGAAAAUCACGGUGUGUGAGGCGCGUGAGGAGGCUGGCUUCUCCGACGGAGACGUGAUGAUUUUCCCCGAGAUGAUCAAAUACAGGGGUUUGGAGGAAUCGAAUGUGGAUGGAUUUUUUGAUGAUGUUAUAGUGAGGGGUAAAGCGUGGAGUGGUGCAGAGCAGGGUGUGUUGGCGGGUUCGUACAUUUUUGUAUGUGCUCAUGGAAGUCGUGACGUGAGGUGCGGUGUUUGUGGGCCGAUUCUCAUGGAGAAGCUCAAUGAGGAAAUUCAGCUAAGGGGAUUGAAGGAUCAGAUAUCUGUUGUGGCGUGUUCUCAUGUUGGUGGCCAUAAGUAUGCUGGAAAUUUAAUCAUAUACAGUCCAGGGCCAGAUGGAAAAAUUAUGGGUCAUUGGUAUGGCUAUGUCACUCCGAAUGACGUGCCUGCCUUGUUGGACCAACAUAUUGCCAAAGGAGAGGUCAUACAAAAGCUCUGGAGGGGCCAAAUGGGGUCACCUGUUGCGGAAAUUAAGGGAGCAGACGACCAUAAACAUGCUAACGGAGAUGAUACUGGCAGGUCCAAGCAGAGUGACUUAGAAAUUAACAAUAUGAGCAACAAUAUAAAUGUGGCGGGUUGUUGCCAGGGUGGUAAUGGGGUUUCUUGCUGCAUAAGUGAAGGUAUUGAGCAAAACAAAGGGAUUAAUAAAACAACUGAAGAAUAUAAAAAGCAGGGGAGCAAUAUAAGUUCGUGUUGGCCUCUGUUGCAGAAACGUGAUAUUCUUACGGCUGGGGGUAUACUUGGAGCUCUGGCAGCUGUGGCUGUGGCUUACAAACUUUACAGAAGGUCAGGCUGA